AUGGACAACCGGGAAAAUGUCUUUCAAAUGUUUGAAGCCCAUAUGCAGAGCUACAAGGGCAGUGAUCCACUUGGAGAAUGGGAGAGCUACCUGCAGUGGGUGGAAGAGAAUUUUCCUGAUAAUAAAGAAUACUUGAUAACAUUGUUAGAACAUUUAAUGAAGGAAUUUUUAGAUAAGAAGAAAUACCACAAUGACCCAAGAUUCAUCAAUUAUUGUUUAAAAUUUGCCGAGUACAACAGUGACCUUCAUCAGUUUUUUGAGUUUCUGUACAACCAGGGGAUUGGGACCCAGUCAUCUCCUCUAUACAUAUCCUGGGCGGGGCAUCUGGAAGCCCAAGGAGAGCUGCAGCAUGCCAGUGCUGUUUUUCGGAGAGGAAUUCAAAACCAGGCUGAACCUAGAGAACUACUACAGCAACAGUACAGGUUAUUUCAGACACGCCUCACUGAAAACCAUUUGCCAGCUCAAGCUAGAAUCUCAGAACCUCUACAUAAUGCUCAGAUUUUAAACCAAGCAAUAACAUCAAAAUCAAGUCCAGGAAAAAACUCAGCCCAUCUUUCUAAGAAUCAGGGUUCAGAACUUUCUGGAGUGAUACCUUCUGUUUGUGAUAAAGAGUCAAAUAUGGAACAAAGAGUGCUUGUCAUUUCUAAAUCAGAAUGCUCUGCCCACUCAUCUUUAGCAGCCAGUGCUAAUGUUCAGCAGGUUGUUAUGUACUGCAAGGAAAAGCUUAUUCGUGGAGAAUCAGAAUUUUCCUUUGAGGAACUGAGAGCCCAAAAAUACAAUCAACGGAGGAAGCAUGAACAAUGGGUAAAUGAAGAUAAACAUUAUAUGAAAAGUAAAGAAGCAAAUGCUUUUGAAGAACAACUGUUAAAACAGAGAAUGGAUGAACUUCACAAGAGACUGCAUCAAGUAGUAGAGCUGUCCCAUCAGGACCUGCCCACUUCUCAGAACUGGUCUCAGGUUAAUCCAGCAUGUAUGGGGCCAAGUAUAGGCUCUCAACAGGAAGUGAGAGCUCCGGAUCUUCCAGCUAUCAGUCAGCAGACCUCCAAGAACUCCGGGGGAAAACCCAGAGAGACACCUCCUGUUCCUCUUAUGGAAAAUGCUAUUACUGCUGCUUCAGUGUCCCCAGCCAUCAGCCAGAGUGUAGCUCCUCCUGUUUCUUUAAGGGCCCAGUCAGUGACAGACACCAGAUAUGUGAAUCAGAGUACUCAUGAAUUCAAGCCACAGAGUGGAGCAGAAACAAAAGAAGCAUAUGAAACGCAUAAGGUCACUAGCACAAGUUCCUUUCACACAACUCCAAACACGUCACUGGGAAUGGCUCAGGCAACACCAUCCAAAGUGCAGCCUUCACCCACUGUGCACACAAAGGAAGCAUUAGGUUUCAUCAUGAAUAUGUUUCAGGCUCCUACAGUUCCUGACAUUUCUGAUGACAAAGAUGAAUGGCCAUCUCUAGAUCAAAAUGAAGAUGCAUUUGAAGCCCAGUUUCAAAAAAAUGCAAAGUCUACUGGGACUUGGGGAAUGAAUAAGAUUAUCUCUUUAUCAUCUGCUUUUCCUAUUUUUGAAGAUGGAAACAAAGAAAAUUAUGGAUUACCACAGCCUAAAAAUAAACCCACAGGAACCAGAACCUUCGGAGAACGCUCUAUCAGCAGAUUUCCUUCAAAACCAAAUGAAGUGCCUCACACCGAAGAGUUUUUGGAUGAUUCAACAGUCUGGGGUAUUCGCUGCAACAAAACCCUUGCACCCAGUCCUAAGAGCACAGGAGACUUUACACCUGCUGCCCAGCUUGUGUCUACACCAUUCCACAAACUUCCAGCCGAUUCAAUGUACAUUCUAGAAGAUAAAGAAAAUGUGGUAGCAACACAGAGUACCCAUUCGAAGUUGGAUUCUCAUGAAGAAAACAUGGGGGAGCCCUCAAAGGACAGAAAAUUCGGUCCAAUUCAAGAGAAAAACCCAGAACAAGAAUUCCUCACUGUCACAUCUCCAGUGUCCUUACACCAUCCUAGUCAACCUGCCACCGGAGGUGUAUUCAACCAUGAGGCAGUAUGGGGCCUUGAGGCUUGUAAACACACAGACACUGACCUUGCCAUCGUGGAGAACCCACCAGCUGCCAGCACUGCACUCCAAGCAGAAUGGACUCAGAGUGGUUCACUUGGGAGCAUCAGUGCUUCAAACUUUACAAUUGAGAACCCAUGGGACGAUAAAUUGAUUCUCAAACUUUUAUCUGGGCUUUCUAAACCAGUGAGUUCCUACCCAAAUACUUUUGAACAGCAGUGUAAACUUCCAGCCAUCAAGCCCAAGACUGAAUUCCAACUGG